AUGAGCAACAGCAGCUUUCGCGACUCCCAGGUCGUCAUAAUCGAGACUGGCCGUACCUGCAUCCGCGCAGGCCAAGGUCUACACGAUCUUCUCCGUCUCCCCGCCGUCCAAGUAUCCGCGCGCGUGGGACUGCGGAGGAGUCUUGUCACUCUACAGAGCGAGAGCGGUGCUCAAAGUCACCGACUACCUGUUGGCUCUCAACUCGAUGACGCCCUCGCCACCGGGCAGGAUAUCCUAGUAUCAUGGCCCUUUGACGGAGACGAUAUCAAAGAUUAUACACAGGCCGAGGCGUUGUGGAAACACAUUCUCUUCACUGAGCUCAAGCUCCGCCGCCUCCAGAUGGAAUCCCCCGUGAUGCUCUCCAUCGCCGCCGGCCUUUCCCGCGAUUCGUACGAGCGUAUAUGUCAGAUUUUCUUCGAACGCUUCAACGCCGCCGGCUUCGCCAUCCUCGAGCGCCCCAUCGCCCAGUUCUACGCCGUCGCCUCCGGAACCCAGCUCUCCGCACCACACCGCCGUCGCGCCCGUCAUCGACGGCUUCAUCGCCCACCCCACCCGCACCGCCGUCCCGAUCGGGCUCGCCGACUGCCUCGCCUACCUCGCCCACCUCUUCCGCCCAACACCUCCGUCAUGGCCGCGCUCGCCCCUGCGGGCGCGCCCGCGCCGGACGCGCUCCAGGCGGACCUCCUCGCGCUCGCGCGCCACGUCUGGCAGAGCGGGCUCAUCAAGGCGCUCGCCGAGGGCGAGGCCGCGCGCGAGCUCGAGGACGAGGGCGUGACGGACAUCGCCGCGAUCGUCGUCGCCGGCAAGGAGCGCGCGGUGAUCGAGAGCGGGCUGAAGCGGCGGGCGAACGCGAAGGCGCAGCCCGCGGAGCAGGCGCGCGCGAAGGAGCUCGAGGCCCUCGACCUCGUCACGACCGAGUUCCGCGGCGUGGAGAUCACGCUGGGCAAGGAGCGCCACCGCUUUUGCGAGCCACUCUUCGACCCGUCGUUGCUCAGGGGCGUCCCGGGGGUCGAGCCAAAGGACGAAGAUCUGGUGCAGCCGCUGCAGAGCGUCGUGGGCGACGCGGUCGGAAGGGCAGACGUCGACCAGCGAACAUACAUCUGGCAGGGGCUCUUCGUCACCGGGGAGAUUACGAACCGCAUAAAAGGUAGCGGCCUCAGUGCCGCCCUCUCUGGACGCCUGUCACCCUAUCUUCUCAGUGGUGACGUUCCAAACAACGAAGUCCAACCAAGACACAUCAAAACUCUCAAGGUCCCAGAUUACUUCGCAGAAUAUCGGGAUAAGGGAGAUGGUCUCGCAGCUUUCCUUGGAACGAGCAUCGUUGCGAAGCUGGCGUUCACCGAUUCUGCGGGGAAGAAUUAUGUUUCCAAAGCUGACUACGCGAGUGGCGGACCGCGCACAAUAUUGGGAAUGUCGCCUUCACUGUUUUAG